AUAGAAAUCAAAGUGAUCUUCUCCAGAACCUCCAGUCUUCUUCCUCUCGCUAGCUUAAUUGUUCCAUCGAAAAUAAGAAGGAAACUAGCUAGUAAGAUCUUCAAACUUAUCGGUUAAAUACGUAGUUGUAUUUAUAUAUACAGUCGUGAUUAUUCGAUCUUAGUGAUCGAUGAAAGAUCAAUGGUGAGGCUGAGACAAGGAGGAGGAGGAGGAGGAGGACAGGGUUUAACAAUGGGAUCAAGGUCAAGGUGCGAAGACUGUGGGAAUAAAGCAAAGAAGGAGUGUGUGUACAUGAGAUGCAGGACUUGUUGUAAGAACAAAGGGUUUCAGUGCCAAACACACGUCAAAUCGACUUGGGUUCCUCUCUACAAAAGAAGCCUACUUCAUGAGCAGCAGCACAGCUAUGAUGAUUACCACCAGCAACAGCGUCUUGCUGUUGAUCAAGGACACGUCUUCAUCAACCCUAGUAAGAGGCUAAGACAACACAACCCCUGUUCAUCAUCUGCAGUCAAUCUAUCAAUGGAAGGGCUGGAUCGAGAUCAUCAAGAAGCUAAUAAUUUUCCUGCUGAAGUGAAUACCAUGGCGAAAUUUCAGGGUGUUCGAGUGAGCUCCAUGGACGAUAUGGUGGAUCUGGAUCAGUAUGCUUAUCAGACAAGUGUGACUAUAGGUGGCCAUGUAUUCAGGGGCAUUCUCUAUGAUCAAGGCCCUGCUGUUCAUCAGAUGAGUUGUUACACUACUUCAGCUUCUGCAGCAGAUCAACCACAUCUUCCAACUUCUUUUUCAUAUCAAUUGGUUAAUCCAUUUAAUUCUUCCAUGCCUGCAGUGUCUUCCAAUUUGUCUUCUAUAGAUAUAUUUAGCGGUAACCUCGGCUUCAAGUUCAAGUAA